CUUCGUCCGCCGUAAUCCAGGAUGGCUUCUAAUUUUAACGAUAUAGUGAAGCAAGGGUAUGUCAAGAUUAGGAGCAGACGUUUGGGCAUUUAUCAGAGAUGUUGGCUAGUCUUCAAGAAAGCAUCCAGCAAAGGGCCCAGAAGAAUGGAGAAAUUUUCAGAUGAGCGUGCUGCAUACUUCAGAUGUUAUCACAAGGUUACAGAACUUAAUCAUGUGAAGAAUAUAUUGCGGUUGCCAAAAGGUACAAGGAAACAUGCUGUAGGGAUAUAUUUUAACGAUGACACAUCCAGGACUUUUGCUUGUGAAUCAGAACUUGAAGCAGAUGAAUGGUGCAAAGUCCUUCAAAUUGAGUGCCUGGGGACUCAGAUUAACGAUAUUAGCCUGGGAGAACCUGACCUGUUGGCUUCUGGUGUAGAGAGGGAACAGAAUGAGAGAUUCCACGUGUACUUGAUGCCUUCACCUAAUUUAGAUGUGCAUGGGGAAUGUACCUUGCAGAUAACAUUUGAAAAUAUCUGUCUUUGGGACAUACAGAAUCCCAGAAUAAAACUUGUGUCUUGGCCUUUAAGUGCCCUCCGGCGAUAUGGGAGAGACUCAACCUGGUUUACAUUUGAAGCUGGAAGGAUGUGUGAUACUGGGGAAGGCCUAUUCAUCUUCCAGACAAGAGAUGGGGAGGCAAUCUAUCAGAAAGUCCACUCAGCUGCCUUGACCAUAGCAGAACAACAUGACCACUUACUGCAGAGUGUGAAAACCUCAAUGCUUCAAAUGAAAAUGACUGACCGGGCUGUUUCUCUUGGCACCAUGGUCCCUUUGCCCAGGAGUGCCUAUUGGCAGCACAUCACACGGCAGCACAGUACUGGACAGCUCUUUGGCUUACAAGAUGUUACAAACCCACUGAAGAUCCACAGAACAGAAACCUUUCCCACCUAUCGGUCAGAACAUUGAUAAAAUGGAGCCAAGGACUUUAACAAGUUGUGUGUGUAUGUAUUGAAAUGGACUUGCAACUGAACUGGACAACAA